AUGUAUUCGAAUACUUUAUUGGUGGCAUCUUUAAGGAUACCUGUGGUUGUUUUUCUAGGUACAGGAGUCUGGUUCUUCUGGUCCCUUGUCUUGCUGAGUUUGUUUUGGAUCCUGGCUAUCUACACAUCUUUUCUGUUGGCACUUGGACUUUUGUUGUGUUGGGAAGGGCGGGAACUCUCCCUGCACUGGUGUCAUAAGGUCCUGAUUCUGCUAGUGGUUGGAAUAUGCUCGUUUUUUUUCUGGCUCCUAUUCACUUACUGGAAAGAGAGGUGGCUCACCAUUGGGCUGUCCCUGCAGGUCUUCGCUCCCUACAUACACCUGGGCAGCAUAUCUAUGAUGGUUAUGGUCGCCUGGCCUGUGGCCUUCUACGUGAUCCAUUUGGAAGGAGAAGCUAAAAUCAGAAGAUACAAGAUUACAAGUAACGAAAGAAGAAGAAAUAAGAUGUGUAAUAUGAUCACAAAGUUGAGAGCUCUGCAAGUGGCUGUUGUAUUGCCUUUUUUCCUUAUCCUUUUAUGUCUCUAUGUGGUGCCCUGGGGGAAUCAUUCUCCCUGCAUUCAAGAGAAGGAUAAAUUGGGACCCAAGCCGAGCUUCUUUGGACAUAGAGGUGCACCCAUGCUGGGGCCUGAGAAUACCAUGAUGUCCUUUGAGAAAGCUGUUGAAGAAGGUGCCUUCGGGCUGGAGAGUGAUGUACAAAUAAGUUAUGAUAAAGUGCCUUUUCUCAUGCAUGAUUAUAACCUAAGAAGAACAACCAAUAUCAUGGAGGUCUUGCCAAAUGCCUCCCUCCGAAACCCAACCGUAUUUUAUUGGGAUUUCCUGUCAACUCUGAAUGCAGGCAGAUGGUUUUCACAUUCAUGGAUCAGACCAUUUUACCAUAUGAAGCCCCUAUCAGAGGCUGAUAGAGAAAAAGCAAGUAAACAGAAGAUUCCAAAGCUCAUGGAAUUAUUGAAACUUGCGCAGAGGGAAAAAAAAUUGGUGAUAUUUGAUCUCAAUGCCCCUCCACCAAGACAUCCUGCCAGAUACUCGUAUAUCCAUCUUGUAGUAAGCGAGAUCCUUGACUCUCAAAUUGAACAACAUCUGAUUGCUUGGUUACCAGGUUCUGAGAGAGACUACAUCAAGGACAGAGCUCCUGGUUUUCAGCAUGUGGGCACAUUUUACACCCUUGAAGAGCUUGCAAAACAAAAUAUCACUAGAAUAAAUGUUGACUACAAGAGAUUGUACUACAAUGGGUUGAGAGAAUAUAAAGCAGCUAACAUCAGUAUCAACCUGUAUAUCAUCAAUGAACCUUGGCUCUUCUCACUGGCCUGGUGCUCCAGGAUUCAGUCAGUGACCACAGACAACAUUCAGGUCCUGAAUAAGAUCAAUCACCCUUACUACUUCAUGACACCAAAUUUCUAUAUUUUGAUGUGGAUUCUCCUGGACUGUGCUUCUGCCGUUUUCAUUGUUGCCAUAUUUUAUUUUCAUUGGUGGAGAGAAAGCCAAAGUGAAAAAGUCCUCAAAGGUAUCAGCAGUUAUGCAGAGACUCCGAGUGUAAGCCUCCUAAAGGAAGAACCUUUGGAAGUUAUGGAAAGCCCUGAGCCUUUAACCAAGAGUGUAGGGGAGCUCCCAGAAUCUACAGCUGUCAUACAAGAGCCUGUCUAUAAAACCACUAAACCACCACCAUUUCCCAUGGAUGAUGUUAGAGAACCAGCUGGUGCCCAGUGAACCGGCCUUUGAAUGAAUGCACCCAAGCACCCACCUCAGAGACCAACAGAGAGCCCACCCUGCGAACUGCAUUGCCCACCAUGGAGACUAUGAACCAGCAGUUCCCUCCAUGAAGGUCCCUCCUCCUGAAACAUAACCCCAAAAGCCCCCACUAUUGAAUCCUCCCAGUGGUACUCUUUCAUCAUGUUUUCCACCACAUCCAGCAUGUCCCUCUCCUGCUUUGGGCGGUCUUCAAAGAAGUAGCCACAGCUUGCCCACUUCAUAUCCUUCCUCUCUGCUUGGGGUGACCUGAUGGUAAUGAGUGGUCAAGAAAGGCAUAUAGCAGAGCCAGGGAGGCUUCUGGGAAAACCAUUCUGGUCUACCUCUCAUCUCAAGGGGAUGAACAAAGGAAAAAAGAGUCGUGGUUUUGCAGGUGGAGUUGAUUGCCCUCCGGGCAUCACAGGACUUAUCUGAAAUGUUCAUAAUAUUGCCCACUAAAGGAGUGGCUAUGGUGAACAACAGCGUGUAAAUAAAGACAACCUCUCAGGAA